UUAGUUAAAAUAAUGCCGCUGGAUUUUCAUGCAGUCAAGAAUCAGUUUAAGCAGACAUGGCUGACUACUCUCUUGAGUGUAGUUCUUUUUGCAGGUGUUACAUACUUUCUGUUAUGGGCAGAGAGCCAUACUAUCCAAAGCAGUUUGAUGCUGGAGGAGCUAGUGUCAUCAGCUGUAAGCAUUGAUGUGCACACUGCCGAUGAGGCAGCACGGUAUGAAGGUAGAGUUGUGCACAUUGUUGGGCCUCUGCGGGUGUUGGAGCCCAUAUCCGAGCCUGACUACAACAUCCAAGUCCAAGCUGUGAAGCUAAGGAAAAGGGUCCAGAUGUACCAAUGGAUUGAAGAAGCCACGGAACAAGAUAAUUUUCUUAGCGAACCAGCAGAGGAGUCACAGAAAACCUAUUGGUAUCACAAAGACUGGAGAGACUUUGUGGUUGACUCCAACCUGUUCUACAUAAGGCCUGGCCAUCAAAACCCAACUUCUAUGCCGCUGUUCAGUGAGACACAUAUUGCUGAAACUGUUAAAAUCGGCUGGUUAUCCUUAGGCGUAGAUGUAAAGAGAAAAGUGAACGAUUACUAUGAGAUCUGGUCAGACUCGCGGCCCGACCGCGGCGACAUAAAGUUACACUCUGGCUUCUACUACCACGGCGAGAGCGCGCUCCACCACGAGGUCGGCGACCUGCGCGUGCACUUCUCCUACGCGGGCCGGGAGGACGACAUCUACACAGCCAUCGGGGUAGUAGAGAAUGGGGUGCUGCAGUCAUACAGCCCGGCGGGGUUCCCCGCCGCCGACCCCAUCUCGGUGCUCCGGAAGGGCUCGUUCAGCCUCAAGCAGCUGCACGAGCUCGAGAGCCGCGCCGCCCACGCCAACACAUGGAAGUACCGCGUGCUCGGCUUCGUGCAGGUGUUCGCGUCCGCCAUGACGCUGCACCCGGACUGGGUCACUCUGUUCUUGCAGUGGGCGUGGAUAUCAAGCAGCCUUCGACGCUGCACCAGGGUGUGGGUCAACCUGGUGCUGUCCUUCUCGUACACUCUGCUCGUCACUUCUAUCCCAUGGUUAGUGCAUAAACCUUCCUUUGGGGCUAUAAUGCUUGGUGGAGCCAUGCUUCCGAUACUACACUACUCUACUCUGCUUGCCCGCCGCCCGUAAGGUCUAGCAAAGCUGAGCGAAAAAAAGCAAAUUGGUACAUGGACAUCCCAUGUUGUAGUAACUUUACAGGGAUUGCUUU